AUGGACUCAAAUCCACGAGCGGCCUUGGAACGCCAGCAGCUGCGUCUCAGGGAGCGGCAGAAAUUCUUCGAAGACAUUUUGCAGCCAGAGACAGAGUUUGUUUUCCCCCUGUCCCAUCUGCAUCUCGAGUCCCAAAGACCCCCCAUAGGUAGCAUCUCGUCCAUGGAAGUGAAUGUGGACACACUGGAGCAGGUGGAAUUUAUUGACCUUGCUGAUCAGGAUGGAGCAGAUGUGUUUUUGCCUUGUGAGGACUCUCCACCAACCCCCCAGAUGUCUGGAGUGGACAGCCAUCCAGAGGAGCUGAGCCUGCCGGUACCCACGCCAGACAGGACUACAUCCCGGACCUCCUCCUUGUCCUCUGACUCAUCCAAUUUGCGCAGUCCAAAUCCAAGUGAUGGGGGAGCAGACACCCCCUUGGCACAGUCAGAUGAGGAGGAUGGGGGUGAUGGAGGGGCAGAGCCUGGACCCUGCAGCUAGCAAUGGGCCUCUUGAAGACUGAUCAAUCUGGCUAUUCUCCAUGGAGAGGAGAUCCCAGGCCCAGCAGAGCACUCUGGAGAAGACCUGACCCUUUACUUGCCGUCAGCACCAGAGGGGUAAAGGAUGGUGGAUGGUGUACCUGAGAAUUAGCCUUCCCCUGCUUUCUGCUAACUUUCUCCUGCUGCAACCCUCCCACCAGUGUUUUUCUCCUGAGGUAGGACUUCUAAAUGAGAAGCUGGAAGAUGAGGUAGGACAAGAUACCACUGCUUUCUUAGUAUCCCUCCUGCCCCCAAAUGACCUGUAGUCUUCCACUAGAGUCUCCUAAGUCGGUGUCUCUGAGGGGAAGGUCUGAGAAGUUCCACUUGGCACUCUGUGAGGUUAUACUGCAGUAAUCCUGCCUCUUUAAGUCCUUUUUGGAACAGGAUAUAGUAUAAAUAAUAAACCAUAAAUAAUAAACUAUAA